AUGGAUUACGAAGUUUGUCGGAAGGUUUGGGAUUCGCAAAUCGCCGCCCAAAUCACAAUUCAAAAUCGCGAUGAGAUUCUGCCAUUCUACACAAUGCUGCCAAGAUUUUCGUAUUUUUCAGUGGUUUUGCAAGAUGUAAGCUGAAGUUUUGCGAGCUUAAAUUUAGAAAAUCUGGAAAAAAUGUUGCAGAUUCUUCAAUUCUUCACAUCUCGCGACAAUGAAUUGAAUUUGGAUGGCGAGAAAAUUUGGCUGGAAUCCAAAGGAGUGCCGCUGAAAAUGUAUAUUCCGAUUGGCGUGAUUUUUGAUUUGAAUAAUGAGGUGGAGGGAGACACGUGGCAUAUUGUUAUCAAGUUGGUUUUUGAUCUGAAUUUGAGCAAAAAAUGAUGGAUUUUGAGGGGAAAACUUGAAAAUUUUCGGCAAAAAUUGAGUAAUUUGAUGUUAUUUAGCUCCAGAAACUGAAAUUUUCGAUUUUUGUCACAAAAUUUCAUGAAUAUCCCCCCUAAAAACCUAUAUUGACUCAAAAUUUUUAAUUUUUCUAACACGGCAAAAAUACGUUUCAAAAUUUUGAUAUAAUUUAUUUUCAAAUAUUUUUUUAAAUUAAUUGUCAAUAAUAUUUAUCCCUGAAAAAGUCAAAACCGAAAUUUCAAAAAAAUUCCAAAUUUCUAUUUAUAAAUUAUUCAAAAAAUCUGAAUUCAGAACCUCAAAUGCUCCAAGUGGAUAUCGAACAAUAAAUCGCGAAACAAUGGAGCAAAUCUAUUUGCAAAACUUGAAAGAAGCCGAUUUUCUGAAGCGAAAAGCGGAAACAAUUCAAAAUAUGCAAAUUGAUGAGCAUCGAAUGCUAUGGGACAGUAUUUGCAAUAGUUAGUUUUGAGUUUUGGAAAGUCCCCUAAAAAGUUGGGUUUUUUCAGAUCAUUUCGACGAUUUUUGGGGAAUCAACAAAAAGUUGAUGGAUACGUCAGAUAAAAUGUUUGAUAGUAUUCCGUUGAGAGUUUAUGAGAGAAAUCGACCGGCUUUUAAACAGGUGAGACAAUUUUUGAGAGCCUUGGAAACACACCUGACGAGACGUGUCCAAAAUGGACACUGUACAUUUUUUUCAAAAGUCACACUGCAUUUUUUUUCAAAAAAUAACUUUGUUUCCUUUUCACCAACAUUUAACCUGGAGAAAUAAAUGCGCAUUUAGUUCAGUGGCAGGCCAUUUUGCUAGUGUUCAGAAGGCCCAGGUUCGAAUCUUCAUUCGAACUAAACUUUUUUUUAUUUUUGCUCAACUUCAAAAACAACUUCAGCUUGCUAAUUUUUCGAAGUUUCUCGGUGAAAAUCAACUCAGCAGACUUCGUUUUAGUGUAGUAACACAAUGUGCAGUGUGGAAUUUAGGUGACUGCUUAGCAAACCAUAGUGUCACUGAAAUUUCGAAAAAAUUGACUUUCUAUGGAAAAACUUCAAAUUCCACACUGCACAUGGGUAAAUUCGAAAACUACGCUUAAAAAUACACCAACUUUCUGAAUAUACCAACUCUUGAUAUGUGCUCGGAAAAAAAUGCCGUCCGAUUCUUUGUAAUGUCCAUAUUUACCAUUGAAAUGGACACUCCAAAAUAACAGCGAAAUAGGGCAUUUCCACACUGCACUCAUGGUGUUCCACACUGUCUAUGACCAUAGCAAUCUAUCAUAAAAAAUUCAACCAUAUCCGUUAAGCCUAAGCUUAGUUAUCCUAACUUCAAAAUUUGAGCAACGUUGCAACGCAUUCGUUUAAAAACAGUUUCCUUUCCACCAACAUUUUCCCAUUGGGAGAAAAGAGAGAUGUGGCCGAGAGGUUAGCAUUUUAGACUGGCGAGCAUGAGACCAGGGUUCGAAUCCUCCUGCCGGCGGAGUUUUUUUUCGAAAAACUUAAAAAUUUCACGCUGCACAUUUUUUUGAAAAAAAUUUUCACACUGCACAAAAAAUUUGGGACACUCUCUCGUCAGGUGUGCUUGGAAAUUAGAAAAAAUAGAAAAACACAUUACAGUUCUCAUAAAAUUAAUGAAAAUUGAAUAUUAAUUGAUUUGUUUUAUUUAUGGGAAAAAUUUGGAUUGGAUACUGUAGGAUCUAUUUUUGAAACAAAAAAUUUGUUUAAUAAUUGCAAUUUGAAUUUUUUAUUUUUGAAUCGAAGAAAAAUCAAUUCUGGGAAAAUUUUGAAAUUUCAGAUAUAAUCAAUUGCAUUGGGGCUUGUUUAGGCUCAUUUUCAAGAUUUUUUGGCUCGCAAAAAUGAACCUAGGCUUUUCUAGACCUAUUUUUCAUGUUCAGGCCCGAUUUCAGGCCGAUUUUCGAGAUUUUAGGCUAAUUUUUAACCUCCAAAAAAAAAAAAAAGUUUGAACUGAAUUUCCAAUAAAAAUACACACAUUUGAUGUUAAAAUUGAAGAAAUCGUUUAAAAUGAGCAAUGCUAUCUUUUUCAGCGCAAAAUAUUGAUCUAGAAAAAAUGUUUCGCCUUGGCUGGGGAUCGAUCCCCCGACCUUGUGAUCAACAGUUUUCUAGACUAAAAUUUAGUGUUGAAAAUGAAAUGGAUAAUUAGAAUUAAUUUUUAUUUUCAAAAAUUUAUGAAAAUUGAUUCCAAAUUUUUUUGUAGAUCUACAAUUGUUUCCCAAAAAUCAACAAUUAAUUUUCCCGAAAAAAUCAAAAAUUUCAUUUUCCAAAUUUUCCGAAAAACCAAAAAUUAAUUUCCCAAAUUUUCUCAAAAAAAUAAUAAAUUAAUUUUCCAAAUUUUCCCAAAAAUCAAAAAUCAAUUUUCCAAAUUUUCUCAAAAAUCAAAAAUUUCCAUCUUGCAGACUCUCCUCAAUCCUCGAAACGAUUCGGGCGAACUGGUCACCGUCGGCCACGCGAUCUGCCAACUUCUCGCCAUCUCCGAAAUCCUCCCAACAUCAACUCUGAUCUCACACGGCAUCCGAAUUCCCGCCGAAACACCGCUCAUCUACGCCGCCAAAAAUCUCACGUAUCCCGACAAUUUUGUGCACAUUUGUGUGUUGAAAAAUGACUGA